CUCCUGAGUGCUAGGACUCACCGUGACGGUGCUCCUGAGUGCUAGGACUCACCGUGACGGUGCUCCUGAGUGCUGAGACUCACCGUGACGGUACUCCUGAGUGCUGAGACUCACCGUGACGGUGCUCCUGAGUGCUGAGACUCACCGUGACGUUCCUGAGUGCUGAGACUCACCGUGACGGUGCUCCUGAGUGCUGAGACUCACCGUAACUCCUCCAGCGGGCCGUGGCUUGAGGCCGAGAUAAGCAUUGGUGCGAUAAGGCUUGUCAGUGGCCUGCGGUUAAAGGUGAGACAACACGUAGGUGGGUGUUACGGUGCUCUGCUUGAAUGAGAAGUGUGAGAGGCAGCAGCAGGAUGAGAGCAGUUCUCGUGCACCAGUUCGGAGGGGUGGAGCAGAUGAAGGUCGAGGACGGUGUAGCUAUACCCUCUGUUGGUGACAAACAGGUAUUAAUCAAAGUACAUGUCUCAGGAAUAAACCCAGUAGACACAUACAUUCGUGAAGGUGCAUUCUUCAUUCUGCCCGACCUACCGUUUGUCCCAGGAUUAGACGCCGCUGGUAUUGUUGAGGCAGUAGGGAAAGGUGUUACUCACUUCAAGCCAGGUGAUCGGGUGUUCUCCUCGUACUCUACACAGUUUGGAACGCUGGCUGAAUUCACAAGUGUAGAUGAAGCACAUGUUUUUCCCUUGGACGAUAAGCUGACUUACAGCCAAGGUGCCGGAAUAGGUGUACCGUACUUCACUGCCUACCGUGCUUUGUUCCAAAAAGCCCAUGCCAAGAAAGGAGAGCGCGUGUUGGUCCACGGGGCAAGUGGUGCCGUUGGUCUGGCUGCUGUACAGAUUGGCGUGGCAAAUGGCCUACGUGUAGUUGGCACAGCUGGUACUCCAGAAGGGCUGGACUUGGUGAAGCAGAUGGGUGCAGAGGCGGUGUUUAAUCAUCGGGACAAGAAGUACAUCUCUGAGCUGCAAAAGGGCGAGAAAUUUGACGUCAUUCUUGAGAUGCUGGCGAAUGUCAACUUGGGCAAGGACCUCACGCUGAUGAAGCCACGAGGAAGAACUAUUGUGGUUGGUUCUCGGGGAACUGUUUCCAUAGACCCAAGAAACAUCAUGGGCAUCGAAGGUUCUGUGACUGGCAUGGCUCUCCAGACUGCUACACCUGAAGAGUGGAAAGAGUUGUCAGAAGGCGUGAUUGAGGGCAUCAACGCUGGCUGGGUGACGCCUGUGGUUGACAGAGAGUAUACUUUAGAGGAGGCUGGUAAGGCUCAUCAUGACAUCAUCAACUCCAAAGGUGCCAAAGGAAAUCUCGUGGUCAAGUUGCAGGACUAGCAAGAUAUCAUUAUAGCAAUAACAUGUUGAGACUACUGUAUGUCGAAGCCAUGCAAAGGGAUUGAACCCACAUUCUUGGACUCCCAACGCACACACGACACCAACUGGAACAUGAUGAGAAGCUGUACGAUGGGAUCGAACCCGCACUCCUGGACUCCCCGGGUACAUGCACUACCAAUUGAAAAAUGAUCCGAAGCCAUACAUUGGGAAUCGAACCCGAAUCCCUGAACUCCCCGGGCAUACACACUACCAUCUGAACAUUAACGAGCCCAUUGCGGUUCAGUCAGUAGUGCAUAUUUUUUUAGCUCAUUGUAUGGCCCCCAAUAUUUUCUCAUAGAUUCAUCACGUAGUUUUGAUUUCAUUAUGCAAUAUAUUGUGAUAUGAGUUGUGCACUAGUGUGGCCAUACUGCCUUUUGUUGCCUUUUCCCCGACAAUAACCAUGUACAGUACUUUAUAAAAUAAAUCCUUCACAAUA